UCAAAUAACAGUACGAGAAUGCUUUUUGAUGAGACUAUCUUGGUCUACUAUACAUAUUUUUUAUGAUUUCUUCCGACUCAUUGCAACCUAAACGGUUCGUUCUCAAUUUUUUAUGGAAACCUCUGUUUUGCUGAUCAACUAUUUUUCAAAGGGUUUGAUAGAUUUUUCCAAUGUUCUUCUCGUUCGAAUAAUUUUUUUAAGGGAAUAUAUCAUUGUCGACUUCCCUGAAGAAAAAACAGAGGAUGGUAUCCCGAUGGCUCUGAUAUCGAGCGAUUGGGUGUUCGAAGAAGGUGGAAAUUUAUACUGCUUUUGGCCCACAUAUUUGAAAUCGACCACACAAAUAGAGAAGGCGGUCAUAAAUCAUCAAAUAUUGAAGUAUGACAAAUGUCUUAAAUGCCCAGUCGCAAUAAAAUAUUCAACAGAUGAUUACAAAAAGGCAUCAUUGAAGCUGCGGCUGUUAGAGGAAGGGAUGCAGUCCCAAUCAGAGGAAUCCUCUUCCCAAUUGAAUAGUAAGGUUGUAAGAGGUAAUAGAAAUGAAGAUUUCAUUUACUCAGAUGAAAGCUUCGAUGAAGAGGACAUGCCACCAGUCCCACCAAAAUUGAAAAUAGCUUCAUCAAUACCUGCACCUAAAAGGGACAUGAAUAAAACAAUUAGAAGAAAAACAUAUUCGGUUCUCAAACCAGUCCAACCAUUUCGAGUAUCAGAACAUAACAUAAACGAACCAAGCACUAAUGUAGAACCGAGUGUAGAACUAAUGAAUGAUAACAAAUCUAGUACAUGUUCAUGUGAACAGAACACAAAAAUUCUCACAAAUUUAGUAAGGGAAAUUCAAAUAUUGAAAGAUGAUAUAAGGCAUCUUUUGAGAUUACAUGUAGAAGAUAGAAAUGGAUAAGAAUACUAUCCAAAUAAAAAGGUAUGAGGAC